AUGGCCAAAAAACCAACAAUGAGGCUUCUGGAUAAAGGGAUCAAGAUUCUAGGUGUGAAAUCUGAGUGGAACAUUACCUAUGAGGCUAUUUUAGGAAAAGGGGGUAGGGUGAGGGAUCCUUGGUACAUGUUGUCUCUUAUUCCGCAUGGGGUAAUAAAGAAGUUGCGGGCCCUCACCGAUAAAGUCUUUUAUUGGAUAAAG